AUGAAGGCGAAGCGCGUGCGCAGGAUUGCAGAGGGCAAGACGCGCCGCUCGAUGGUGCUGCGUGGAUGCAGGGAGAAGACCGCCUUGAGACUCACAAAGGACAUGCUGGUGACAAAUAAAUUUCUCAAUGCCUUUCCCCACAAGGCUUCGGCAUUCCAGGGCAAGCUGUACCAGAUGUCCGCCAUCAAGGUAUCAGCACAACGAGUGGUCGCUGCCAGGAAGGCGCUGAGCUGGAAGGGCGCGCCGUCGUCGCCAUCAACGGGAAGCGCUCAGACGACAAGGCCCUCUAACGCGAUCCCCAAAGAUCUGCAUGUUGCUCGCAAGUGA